AUGAGCGGCUACUCAUAUUUCAACUCGCCCGAGCUGGGCUGGGUUGUACAAAAAUUCGGGGGAACGAGCGUCGGUAAAUUUCCUGGCAAGAUUGCGCACGAUAUUGUCAAGGCAACUCUGUCACGGAAUCGAGUGGUGGUGGUGUGUUCUGCGCGAAGCACGGGGAAAAAGGCCGAGGGCACCACCAGUCGUUUACUCGGCGUUUAUGCCAUGCUCAAGGCUGUCGGUGCCGCGACAAACGAGGAGGAGGAGCAGAUUGCACACAUUGACGAGGCCAAGAUGCUCAUCAACGACAUCUGCAAAGAUCACAUUGCCGCCGCGGAGGCCUACAUCAACGAGCCUGUGCUACGGCAAAAGCUUAUUUCUCGUAUAGAAGUCGAGUGUCAGGAGCUCAUCGAGUAUAUUAUCGCUACCAAGAGAUUUAACCUCGAGAUCAAUGCGCGGUCCAAGGACCGCGUCAUCAGCUUUGGCGAGAAGCUAGCCUGUCUCUCCAUGACGGCGGUGCUACAGGAUGGUGGUGUCGAUGCUGAAUACGUGGACCUCGGUGAUGUGCUGCACUUCGGGGCCACGGAUCCCCUCGAUGCCAACUUUUACAAGACGGCAGUGGAUGCCUUCCACAAGAAGCUAAGCACAUGCGGAAACAAGGUGCCCGUCGUCACUGGCUUCUUUGGUAACGUGCCCGGCAGUCUGAUUGAUGGCGAUAUCGGCCGUGGUUACACUGACUUGUGCGCUGCUCUCUGUGCCGUCAGCCUCAAGGCUGAGGAGCUACAAAUCUGGAAGGAAGUCGACGGCAUCUUCACUGCGGACCCGUCCAAGGUGCCUACAGCGCGCCUUCUCACAUCCAUCACGCCCUCGGAAGCUGCCGAAUUGACAUUCUACGGCUCCGAGGUCAUCCAUCAUCUCACCAUGGACCAGGUCGUUCGCGCUACACCCCCGAUCCCGAUCCGCAUCAAGAACGUCAAGAACCCGCGCGGCACCGGCACCAUCGUCAUACCCGAUCCCAUCCUGUCCGCCUCGCACCAACUACACCGCUCACGGUCGCUGGCCCAUCUCGCCGCCCACGGCGACGGCCUGCCCAAGCCGCCGAAGCGACCCACGGCCGUCACCAUCAAGGACAACAUUAGCGUCAUCAACGUGCACUCCAACAAGCGCUCCAUCUCGCACGGCUUCUUUGCGCGCGUGUUUUCCAUUCUUGACAAGCACAGCAUCUCGGUCGACCUCAUCUCCACGUCCGAAGUGCAUGUCUCGCUGGCGAUCCACUCGGCCAGCACCCGCAUCGAGGCCUUUUCCAGCGCCAAGCAGAGCCUGGAGGAGUGUGGCGACGUGAGCGUCCUCUCCGACAUGGCCAUUCUCAGCUUGGUCGGUGCCGACAUGAAGAACAUGGUUGGCGUCGCCGGCAAGAUGUUUUCUACGCUAGGGGAACACAAUGUCAACUUGGAGAUGAUUUCCCAGGGUGCAAGCGAAAUCAACAUUUCAUGCGUCAUCGACGCUCGCGACGCGAGUCGUGCGAUGAACGUUCUACAUACGCAUCUUUUUACCUUUUUAGACUAG